UAUUUCAAAUUGAAACAAGUGAAAGGGGGGAGAUACACUCCACUAGAUGAAAGAGAUACCCAAUAAACAUAUCCUUAUAUGUCCUGUAAAUUAGUAAGACACUCUUUCUGAAUGGGGACAAGCAUGUGAUACUCUUCCGAAAUGAAUGUGAAAGUGUGUGCUACGGAGCGUUUUAGGCUGGCCACUAAGAGCAUCGCUCACAGGAUUGUGCAGUACAAUCUGGCUACUGAUUUCGAAACGAUCCUGGAUACCCAGUACGGAAGGGUGCGCGGCCUUCAACGUAAGACUCUCUACGACGAAGAGCUCUACUUUGCCUUCGAGGGUAUACCCUAUGCCAAGCCGCCCUUAGGUGAGCUGCGUUUUCGGGCGCCCCAACCACCGGAGACGUGGACCCACAUCAUGGACUGUAGGCACCCACGUUCAAAGCCCAUGCAGCGACAUUUGGUAUUGCAUGUAGUCGAGGGUUCCGAGGAUUGCCUUUACCUAAAUGUGUACGCAAAAAAACUUAAGUCGGAAAAGCCCCUGCCCGUUAUGGUCUGGAUCUAUGGGGGCAGUUUUCAGAUUGGCGAGGCCACAAGGGAUGUUCACAGUCCAGAUUACUUUAUGCAAAAGGAAGUUAUUCUAGUCACACUUAACUACAGGCUGGGAGCCUUAGGUUUCCUUAGCCUCUCCGAUCCGGACUUGGAUGUUCCUGGCAAUGCUGGGCUCAAGGAUCAGGUAAUGGCCCUGCGCUGGAUACACGAAAACAUCGCUAACUUCAAUGGCGAUCCGAACAACAUAACAUUAAUGGGCCUAAGUGCGGGUGCUGCUUCCAUUCAGAUAAUGAUGAGCACGGAACAGACACGUGGACUCUUUCACAAGGCCAUCCUCAUGUCAGGAUCGUCGCUAUGCGACUGGAUCGAUGAGACCCGCUACGCCCAGCCCUAUCUGCUGGCCUGUAAGCUGGGCUACGAUGGCGAUGAAAAUGACCAGGAAAUAUUUAGCUUUCUGCAGAGCAUCCCAGCAAAGGACAUCAGCGGCUGUAAAAGGUUGAUCAUGAAGGAGGAAAAACGCGAUUAUGUGCUGAUUCCGUUUGGACCCGUCGUUGAGCCCUACGUGAGCGAAAGCUGUGUGAUCUCCAUGCCGCCUUGCAAGACUCUAUCCCAUGCCUGGGGCAAUAAGCUACCCGUGAUCAUUGGAGGCACCUCCUUCGAGGGCUUGGUGUUCUACCAACAUAUAACCGGUGAUAUAGAAUACAUGCUGGGCGCCUUUGAAGCUUUAGUACCCAGAGCGGUGCGCUAUUCAUCUACGCCGGCGGAGAUCCAGGCUCACGUAAGACGUCUGAAGGUCUCCUAUUUCGAGGAUGCCACGCUAGAUCAAAUGGAAUUUAAGGACUGCCUACAUCUUCUUUCUUGCAAGCACUUCUGGCAUGCUAUUCAUCGAACUGUGCUUGCCCGGCUGGCCUAUGCGCCAAACACGCCCACCUACCUCUAUCGCUUUGAUUUCGACUCACAAAGCUUCAAUUACUCUCGCAUCAUGGUGUGUGGACGCAAUGAGCGUGGUGUUUGCCAUGGCGAUGAUUUCCUCUAUUUGUUUUACUGCAUACCAUCCUACAAAUUGGAGAAGACUUCGUGGGAAUACCGCACCAUUGAGCGGCUGAUAGGUAUGUGGACGGCAUUCGCGGCACACAAUGAUCCUAACUGCGAUAUUGUCAAUCCAACCAUUUGGGAGACCCUCAAAUCAAACGGUAUUCCAAUGUGCUUAAACAUUGGCACAAAUCUUGAGUUUAUUGAACUGCCCGGGAGGAAAGAACUGCAAUUGUGGGAUACCUUCUAUAAGAAAUUGAGACUAUACUAAAGUUCUGAAAGAUUAAAGAGGAUCAUGAUAUCAUGGUCCGUAAGGUCAAACGAUAGGUCAAAAAGGUGUAAAGCCUUGUUACUCAAUUGGAGAGUGUAUAAUUGCAUUACAAGCAAAAUAGUAGUUUCAGAGCUAGCUUAACGUAUUCCACGCGAUCAUAAAACAGUACGACAAUUACCCAGAAAUUAAAAAAAGCAGAUCCAUGUUACAAGGCGAGUCAAACGAAGGAUAGUUGACAAAUUGACAGGAGAGCAGGAACGCAGAAAAACAUUUUGUACAUGAUUUUCUAAUAACUGAACGCUUACGGAGUCAGAAAAACAAAACUUCAGAAAACGAUGGUAGCAAAUUGAGAUAUUCUCAUAAAAUGGCGUAUAAAAAAAUCUCCUAAUCAACUAAUAAAGGUUUGAAUAAAAUAGAUAAACAAAAUAAAACUAAUUGAGAAGAUUUGCCUAGAAGAGUCUAAAUAAAUGUGUUAAUAAAGUAAUAC